GUGUGGUGGAAAUGUGACUUUUGUUUUCUCCUCACCUCCGUGCGGCACAACUCUAGCGGCGACGGCUUUUAGUUUUUUUGGAGUCGGGACGAGAGCACCAACACCUUCGGCGCCUUGGAAGAAAGUGUCGCUGUGUCAACCAUCGUUUGGCUCCCGGGCACGCUUUGUAACAACGAGCAACUUGGACAGCUGCGUGUUUUCCAUACAGCUAUCGACAAAGAAUGAAAGCAGUCAAAAGAGCUCUCACAGAGGAUACUUGCCCGGAGCGUGAGGAGCACACCUCAGCGGACAGCGAUGAUGGCUCCCCGCUCGACCUGUCAGGAAGGGGACUCUCUGGGAAGCGCCGUCGCCGUGGUAACCUGCCCAAGGAGGCGGUGCAGAUUCUCAAGAGCUGGCUGUAUGAGCACCGCUUCAACGCCUACCCUUCAGAGCAGGAGAAACAAAGUCUGUCGAGCCAAACCAGCCUCACGGUGCUGCAGAUCUGUAACUGGUUCAUCAACGCACGUCGCCGCCUGCUCCCUGACCUGCUUCGCAAGGAUGGCAAAGAUCCCACCAAGUUCACCAUCUCUCGCAAGGUUGUAGGUAGAAAUGAGGGCCACUCCUCUCCCAACCCAUUGCCGGAGCGCCCAUCUGUCAUUCAUUCUGCCCCUGUUUUCGACCUCGGUGUUCUCGGAAGCACAGCAACAGCUAUUCUGACAGGAGCAGGUUACCCUGGUAAGGAAGUGUCAGUCCAGGCACUGAUGAAGCUGGAUGCACAAAGUCUGCUGAUGAAAGUGAAAGAACAGGGGCCUUAUUUGGCAAGUCUUGCCAGCAGAAAUACAGCAGCUAGCACCACCAAUGGCCUCUUCAACACACCUCCACCAACUCCUCCAGAUCAAUGCGCUCCCCCGGACUUUAGUGCUUUGCGCCUCCUCGCAGAUGUAGCUGCGCAGAAAGCUAUAGAGCUGGAAAACGAAAUGAAGCUGAAGAGCCAGAAUAAACCCACAGAGACUGAACAAGCAGAGUCACAGAGCAGCACUUGUAACCGAGAGAUAGGCCUCACACCUCCUCCAGAAGACAACCAACAAGUCUUGGAUCCUUCCAGGGUGCAGCAUCUAAUGGAGACAGCUAUGACCGUUCCAGCAUCAGAUGUGCCUUCGGGAAAGGAUUCGGUGCCUGCGAGUACAGAAGCAUCUCUUCCAGUCCCAGCUCCAGUCUUUUUCUCAGCUCCAGGGAUAUCACCUCUUCAUAUGAAUAAAGUCAUCGUUUGCCACACAGAGCAGGAUCAGCCUCAACUUCUUACAGCCCAUCUGCCAACCAUGAUGCCAGUACCUGCCUUAGUCUUAAAACAGCAAGAUCCUCACAAACCAGUAGCUGCUCCAGCCUCACCAGCUUUAGCCUUCAGCUCAGUUGCAACUCCGUUGUCCACUACAUGUCCUGCAAGUGUGCCGGGCUCAGUGCCAUCCCCAGUCCUUCUGCCAGUCACAAAUGUAUCUUCCGUCUCUGCAAAUCAGGAGUUAUCCACAAAUGUAGCUGUUGUUCCACCCACCAGAGGAAUACCACUUCAGCUGCCAUGUCCCAGGUCCCCCUCAACUCCAGUUGCAGUAGCAUGCCCACUGCCAUCUUCAGCUGUCAUGUCUUCUGAAGCCCCAGUUACAAGCCCAGCAUCAGCCUCUGCCCAGGUUUCAGCCGCUGCCUCAGUUUCGCCCCAGUCCGCAUCCAUCACACCUCCUCUUGGCCUCAGUUCCCAGCACACCGCCUCCCAGCAGCCCACGUCCCCGAGCAGUACCAGCACAAGUAGCAGUAGUUCACAGAGGAAUUCAGCUUCUGUGCCCCGUGUUUGGAGCAUGGUCACCAGGCAAAGCCGCUCCCUGGGGAAAACCCCCAUUAGUGCCGUGUGGGGCCCACUGCACCCGGAUGUAUUGAUCGCCCACUUUUUGGUGUAAUUGGCACCACCAGCAAAGUUGGCCUCUUUAGUAGCAGUACUGGAUUUUAUUGAAUGUACAAAAGACACUGACUGCGAAACAUCCACUCCCCUCUAGGAUAAAAAUGAGGGCAUGGUUUUGUUUUGAUAUUCACAUCACCAUCUUCUUAGUUUAGUGCAAUGUGUUUAUUUUUAUUAUUAUUAUUAUUCAUUUUUUUGGGAUGAGAGAAACUGAUUUUUACAGCAGCAAGCUCGGACCCUUUCAUAAUGUAUUCCUGUUGUUUUAGUUAAAAGGGGAGUGACUUGUUGUGUCAACUUUCUGCGAAGUAUAUGCUUUUUUUUUUUUUUUUUUUUUUUUUUUUGCCCUUUUUUUUUUUUUUCUACAGUUAUAUCUGUAGUUUUAAUUAAAAUCAGUAUUAUAGUGAUUUAGCCAAAAACAUGUUUUUCUUCUAGGCAAUCAUCUGUUAACAUGAAGCCCUCACAACUCCACGACGCAUUCAGUUUAGUGAGAGAAAUGGUGCUUUUAUGGUUUAUAAUAUUUAUGGUUUCUAUGUUCCCAUUUUAUUCAGCAGAUAUUUCUCUGUGCACAUAGGUUCUCUGCAAAGCAAAUGUACCACACUCAGUAGCUGACUUUUUGUAUAUUUAAUGUUCUAGUAUUUCCUCAUCUGUGAUUUCCACUUUUAUUUACAAAUGGUUUCUAUAGACUUUCUAAUCAUAAAGUUUUAGUUUCCAUGAAACUGUAAUAGGAUGAACCACAAUUUGUGGCUAAAUGCCAUCUCAACUUUUAACAGUAGCAGUGUUUGUGUGAAAGUUACAUUUGUAUGAGAAUAAUGCUGUAGCAAAAGUUAAUCUACAAUACUAUCAUGUUUACCAGUGUUACCGAGCUGUGUUUAGCUCAAACGGUUAGGUUUAUUCUGCGUUUUUGUUUAAAUAAAUGUGUGGGUUGUAAAUGUUGUCAUACUGCCAAGCAUCGACCAUCACAAUCAUUCCUAGAAAAAAAAAAAAAAAAAUUUAUUUUUUUUUUCUUUCCUGUCUUGCUCUUGUCAGAUAUGAACAUGGGAAAAUGGUCAUACAUUUUUAUUUUACUGUUGUUGUUUUGUUUUUGUUUUUUUCCUCACUGCCACUUGUAUUUCAGGAUUUAGAUUUUUCUUUUUAAGGCUUUAUUUUGUUCAGGUAUUCUGUCUGAUGUGCAUUUAUACCUCAAUUUACAAAAGUCAUGUCAGACUUGGGUCAUGUCAAGGAUAUUAAGUAUUAAACGCAAUCUUUCUUUCUUUCUUUUUUUUUUUUCUUUCUUUUUUUCCAUUGAUGCUAAAUCAUGUCACUGUGAGUACACCUUAAUGGUUGUAAUACUGGAUGGAUGACUAAGGCGUUUUUGUUUAAUGGCAGUGCUUUAUAUUAAGUUUCCUAUGAUGUGCUUUUUCUUCUUUUCUUUUUUUUUUCUUUUUUUUUUGAUGUUUUGACUUAAGCUUUAUAACUGUGUGGCCUCUGUAGAGCUACAUGCAUUCAAAACGUGAUCAUUCAAUUUCAUGUGACUCGCAACUGACUGCUGGUAGUAUGGCUGACUGUUGUGCCUUAAACCUACAACUGAUUAAGAUGUCUCAUUUUAUAUUAAAGACUUAAACAGUCUGUGCAAUAUAUGCCUUAAAUUUAAAAUGUCUUGUCUUUUUUUUUUUUCUUUUUUUUGUAUGAGCCUUUCAAGGAAAUAAAAUUUCAAAACUGUUUAUAAAUGUUUCAUUUGUCUUUGUUUUGCUUCUGAAAGCAAAUUGAUCACUUGUGAGUUCCUUCUGUGCAGUAGUGGGGUUGACCUUGAUUUCUUCAAACAUCUUGGCUAAAAUUCAGAAAUUUAAAAACCUUUGAAGCUGCUUUUAAAGGUUUAAAUAUCGAAGUUUCUAACUUGCAAUCUGUCUAUCAUUGUGAGAUGUUUCGUUUAAAAAAACAAACAAAAAAAACAGGAAGCAUUCUUUUUUUACUUUUAGCAAAUUACAAAAUUUAAAUGACAAAAUAUCUAUUUGAAACAGCUUUCAAAUAGCAUGUUUAUUUUAGCCCAUCUACUACUGUGUGUGUGUGUGUGUGUGUGUGUGUGUGUGCGUGCGCACAUGUACUCCCAGAUAUGUUUUUAAUCUAAACGAGUAAAAAUAUGAUUCUGUAGGGUUUAUGGUGGCACUUGUCUUUAUAUACAGAGGCAAGAAGUUUUAUUACAAUUGGACCAAUUUAAUGGGACAAAUUGAUUUGCUGUUGAGGAAAAUCUUUAUUUUACUGUCCAGAUGUUAUAAUAGCAACCCGACACCUAGAUUUCUUCUGGUCUAUGAUAUGAGAUUUAAAAAUUUAAGCAACUAGAAAGGGGUGGGGGGGUUGCAACAUACAACAGCUCAUGCAUAUUUGUUUCUGUUCAUAUGCAAGUCAUGUAAACAUAGCUGGGAUGUCAUAUUUCUCAAAAUGAAUCCAAUGUUUCUUUCUGUCCUACCUCAAAGGCUCAGCCUAACAAGCAGAGAAAAAAAGUGUUACAUUUUAAUCAAAUUUAUUAAAAACUGGU